GCGCCGUCAUUGGACGACGCCUCGAGGUCGCGCGAACCUCGACACCGAGAACGGGGCAGCCAGCCCCCUGUGUGCGUGUAUAUAUCCGUGCCGUGCGAAACCAACCGUUCCGUUUCCAUCGCCGGGUGAGAUGCACCAUCGUGAUCCCUUGCCGUGAAGACGAGAGAGAGAGGAUCCGCGGACACCCUUGGUGCGUGUGAGUGCUACGAGCUUGCGAGCUCUCCUCGUUGUAUCAAGCAGUCGUCUUGUCGCGCGCGCUAACGACUCGUCGUCGUUGUCGAUUCGCGGCUCGGUGCGCUCCCGAGACGAUGACGGUGAUGGUAACGACGUUGGCGACGACGGUGAUGGUGGUGAUGAUGAUGCCGAUGAUGGUGGUGGUGACAGUGCCGGUGCCGGUGCUGAACGUGAAAUGAAAAACGGUGUCCGCCCCAAUCACCGGCUGAUCUAUUUGCGACUUCGAUAUAUAUAAUAUAUAUAUAUAUAUAUAUAUAUAUAUAUAUUCUACGAGCAAGGAGAGAGAGAGAGGAAACGCGCGUCUUGUGAGUUACGACGAUAAUGACGAUGGAACCAUCUGGACGUUUCUUUUCACCGUCGUCAUAGGUCGACGUCUUGCACGUUUUCAUUUUAAUCGUGCAGCGAAUCCUACGGAUGUUCAACGUAAACGUUUUUCGCAGUGAUGCUGAAGGUAUCAUGAUACGAAUUCGCUGUCACGUAUCUACCGACGUCAUCGCAUCCUCAUCCAUCCUUGCGUAAUAAUCGCGUAGCAUUCGCAUCGAGGAGAUGUUUGAAGACUUCGUCCCGCAGGAAGAACGUUUCUUGUGUUUCGCAAAACGGGCAAAACUUCCACGAAUCUUCCAGAUUUCCGUGACGCGUUUACGGAACCCGAGAAGACCCGACAGAAUUCCCUGAAAUUUCUUCUCGCGGAGAAUCGAAGGGGUUUCUCGAGCGACCCUUACGAAAGAAUGUCGAUCGGAGAACUGGAUCGCCGGUACGAGAGGCAGUCCAGUAGUGGUGCUGUGGCCGGGUACAGAGAAAUUGGCAUCACGAGGGGCCAGCUGGCGGACUAAUGCGGUCCCGCAAUGAUCCGCGAGGACGAGAAGACGGUGGUGGGCCCCAGGUGGAAGAACUAUGUAAGAGGCGAAGCGCGAAGCGGACGGGACGAGGUCGUCUCGCCGCCGGCGGCGGCGUGGCUCAGGUGCCAGAAGGUGGCAGAAGAGGUGAAGGAUUACGACGACGAGGCCGAAUUAGCGGAUGCGUCGCUACGUCGUGGUACCGCGAGGACGUCCAGGAGCAGCGAGCCAGGUAGCCGCAGAUGUUCGACGCAGGAGGCUGAGGAAGAGGACAACAACGGCGACGGCGGCGGCGGCGUCGGUAAUAACGGAGGAAGCCGCAGGAAGCGGAAGAAGCGGCGGAAAACGCAGCGGAGCAAGUUGCAGCUGCAGCAACCGCAACUGGAGGUGACGAUCGGCAGCGGUGGUCAGCAUCAGCGGUCGCACGCGCUCGUCCUCGGCUCGUCCUCCGACGAGGUCGAGGCGGUGGGCGAGUGCUCGAAGAGGGACUCGUGCAGCAGCCUGGGCGGCGGUAGCCGGCACAACACCCUACGGGAAUCCCUGCUGACCGUGUUGGGCAAGCUGGUGAUCUGGAAGGGCACCAGGUACCGCUCUGCCACCGCCGCCUCGUCCUCCUCGUCGGUGCCGCCGAAUUCGCCGCCCGCCACCGAGUGCAUCGGUCGUAGCACGUCCUUCUUCUCCAGCGAAACAGAGAGGCGGAUUCGCGCCAACAAUCGCGAGUACAACUCACAGUUUAAUUAUGCGAAUAAUUACAUCAAGACGUCCAAGUAUUCGGUUCUGACGUUCCUACCAUUGAAUUUGUUCGAGCAGUUUCAGCGGCUCGCUAACUUUUACUUCCUAUGCCUGUUGGUGCUUCAGAUGAUCCCCGCCAUAUCCUCCUUAACCCCUAUCACCACAGCCAUACCGCUUAUAGGGGUGCUCACGCUCACUGCCGUCAAAGAUGCCUACGACGACUUUCAACGGCAUAGCAACGAUUCUCAAGUAAAUAAUAGAAAAUCCCGAACAUUGCGGGGUACUAAUCUUCGCGAGGAGAAAUGGUCGCAAGUUCAAGUGGGCGAUGUAAUCAGAAUGGAGAACGAUCAGUUUGUCGCAGCGGACGUUCUGCUCCUGACGACGAGCGAGCCGAACGGUCUCUGUUAUAUCGAAACAGCAGAAUUGGACGGGGAGACGAACUUGAAAUGUCGUCAGUGUCUGCCCGAAACCGCCGAGAUGAUGGAUAAUCAUGAAUUGAUUGGUCAAUUCGAUGGAGAGAUCGUUUGCGAAACCCCGAAUAAUUUGUUGAAUAAAUUUGAUGGAACUCUCACGUGGAGAGGACAGAAGUACGCAUUGGAUAACGACAAGAUUAUUUUACGAGGCUGCGUCCUCAGGAACACGCAAUGGUGCUAUGGCAUGGUGAUCUUUGCAGGCAAGGAUACCAAAUUGAUGCAAAACUCAGGGAAGACCAAAUUUAAGAGGACCUCUAUAGAUAGGCUGCUGAAUCUUCUCAUCAUCGGGAUAGUGUUUUUUUUACUUUCCUUAUGUUUAUUCUGCAUGGUCGGCUGUGGUAUUUGGGAAAGCCUGGUAGGUCGUUAUUUCCAAACGUAUUUGCCAUGGGACUCCUUAGUGCCGAGCGAGCCCAUAACCGGUGCCACAGUGAUCGCCCUACUCGUGUUCUUUUCGUACUCAAUCGUAUUGAACACAGUGGUGCCAAUCAGUUUAUAUGUGAGUGUCGAAGUUAUUCGAUUCGUUCAAUCGUUUUUGAUAAAUUGGGAUGAGGAAAUGUACUACGCGCCCACAAAAACGCACGCUAAAGCUAGGACUACCACGUUAAACGAAGAGUUGGGCCAAAUAGAAUAUAUAUUCUCUGAUAAAACCGGGACAUUGACGCAGAACAUAAUGACUUUCAACAAGUGUUCUGUAGCAGGAAAAUGUUAUGGCGACAUCAUCGAUGAAGUUACCGGCGAGAUCAUCGAUUUGAGCGAGACAAUGCCACCUUUGGAUUUCUCGUUUAACAAGGAUUACGAACCGGACUUCAAGUUUUACGAUCCCGCACUGCUUGAAGCCGUGAAUCGAGAGAAUCAGGAUGUCCACAGUUUUUUCAGAUUGCUGGCACUCUGUCACACUGUUAUGCCGGAAGACAAAAAUGGCAAGAUCGAAUACCAAGCGCAGUCGCCCGACGAAGCUGCCCUCGUAUCCGCUGCUAGAAAUUUUGGUUUUGUCUUCAAGGAAAGAUCGCCCAACAGCAUAACGAUCGAAGUGAUGGGGAGAAAGGAAAUAUACGAAUUACUCUGCAUUUUGGACUUCAAUAAUGUACGAAAGAGAAUGUCUGUAAUUUUGAGGAAAGACGGACAUCUUCGAUUGUACUGCAAAGGAGCGGAUAAUGUUAUUUACGAGCGAUUGAAAAAGGACAGCGAAGAAAUAAUGGCAAAAACAUUGGAUCAUUUAAAUAAGUUUGCAGGCGAAGGUUUAAGAACAUUGUGCCUUUCCGUGAGGGAUUUGGACGAAAGCUUUUUCAAUAAUUGGAAACAACGUCAUCAAGAAGCGGCAUUAAGCCAAGAGAAUAGAGACGAUAAGCUGGAUGCAAUUUACGAAGAGAUAGAGAAAGAUAUGUCAUUGCUAGGUGCUACUGCCAUUGAGGAUAAAUUGCAAGACGGUGUACCUCAGACCAUUGCCAAUCUGAGUGUCGCUGGUAUUAAGCUUUGGGUAUUAACUGGUGACAAGCAGGAGACAGCUAUCAAUAUCGGAUACUCGUGUCAAUUGCUGACGGAUGAUCUUACGGAUGUUUUCGUGAUAGAUGCAACGACUUACGACGGCGUGGAGACACAAUUGACGCGAUAUUUGGAAACCAUCAAAACAGCCUCGACCCAACAAAAACAGCCGACUCUCUCCAUCGUCACAUUCAGGUGGGACAAGGAAAGCAGUGAUACAGAAUACAAUCCUAGUAGGGAUGAACAAGAUGAACAUGAAAUGGAGCAUUCGACAGGAUUCGCAGUGGUCAUUAAUGGACAUUCUUUAGUUCAUGCAUUGCAUCCACAGCUGGAACAGCUUUUUCUAGAAGUGUCCAGUCAAUGUAAAGCUGUAAUUUGUUGUCGAGUAACACCGCUACAGAAAGCGAUGGUCGUCGAAUUAAUUAAGAAAAAUAAAUCCGCGGUGACUCUAGCAAUUGGCGAUGGAGCCAACGAUGUCUCGAUGAUAAAAACGGCUCACAUUGGUGUUGGUAUUAGCGGGCAGGAAGGAUUGCAGGCCGUAUUGGCUUCGGACUAUUCGAUAGGACAAUUUAGAUUCUUGGAAAGAUUACUUUUGGUCCAUGGCAGAUGGUCGUAUUACAGAAUGAGUAAAUUUCUUAGGUUUUUUUAUAAAAACUUUGCGUUUACCCUCUGCCACAUCUGGUUUGCCUUCUUCUGCGGAUUCAGUGCACAGACUGUAUUUGAUCCUAUGUACAUUUCUGUCUACAAUCUGUUUUAUACCUCGUUGCCAGUUUUGGCAGUUGGCAUUUUUGAUCAGGAUGUUAAUGACAAGAACAGUCUAAUGUAUCCAAAAUUAUACGCACCAGGAUUGCAGAAUUUACUCUUUAACAAGAAGGAAUUUUGUUGGAGUGCUUUGCAUGGAUUUUAUGCUAGUUGUGUAUUAUUUUUAGUACCUUAUGGAACAUACAAAGAUGGGGUGUCACCAAAGGGUUACGUACUUUCUGAUCACAUGCUGCUGGGCAGUGUAGUAGCUACUAUAUUAGUUAUAGUCGUGACCGUUCAAAUAGCCCUCGACACGUCGUAUUGGACAGUUUUUAACCACAUCAUGGUGUGGGGUUCACUCAUUUGGUAUUUUAUUUUAGAUUACUUCUAUAACUUCGUCAUAGGUGGUAGUUACGUGGGCAGCCUCACGAUGGCUAUGUCGGAGGCGACUUUUUGGUUCACAACGGUGAUAUCUUGUAUAAUCCUCGUUAUACCAGUACUGUCGUGGCGAUUCUUCUUUAUGGAUGUCAGGCCGACAUUGUCCGACAGGGUCAGACUGAAGCAGAGGCUGGCACAAAUGCGUUCCCGACAAAGUCAGGAUAUACUGCGUACACCAUCUACGAGACGUACACGACGAUCUCUACGUUCGGGCUAUGCCUUCGCUCAUCAAGAAGGUUUCGGCAGACUUAUCACGUCCGGAAAAAUUAUGCGCAAAUUGCCAAAUGGUGCUGAUUUUAAGUUUUCUAUGCCGUUUACGAACAAUGUUACAAAACAAGUUAACAUUGCCACAACAUCACCAAAGGACAACAGUGCAUCUAGAAAUUCGCACACAUUGGACACGAUUAAUUUAUAAUUACUCAAAUCGUUAGUUAGAACUCAAUGCAAGACACUAAAGUGCAGGUGAUUCUAGUGAAUUUUUCUUAAUUUAUUUAGUUAUGAAUGUGUGUUAAGUCGAAAUUUUUAAUGCAUCGAAUUUAUUGAUUU